ACAUCCGUCGCUAUUCUCUGCUGCUUCUCCACACUCAGAAACAUGGCGUUACGGGAGUUAGCAUCUCUGGAAAAAUACUUGGGCCUUAAAAAGCCGAACAAGUAUAGCACACAGGGAGAUAAAAAGGUGCCUGUGUUACAGAAUAAUGACGCUGACCCAUUGGUGGGACUGGUGACCAUCGCCUGUCACCUGGUAAAGGAGGCCAAGCGCCCAGAGCUGCUGGGUGACGGUGCAGAAGGCAGGGCGGUGGUGCAGCAGUGGCUGGAGUACAGGGUGACCAAACUUGACAGCCACACAGAGGACACCAAGAGCAUCCUGAAGGACCUAAACCUCUACAUGCAAGACAGAGUCUACCUGGCAGGGAACCAGUUGACCUUAGCUGAUGUUCUUAUGUACUAUGGAAUACACUCAAUUAUACUGGACUUGGCCGUCCAGGAGAAGGAGCAGUACGUGAACGUGGCGCGGUGGUUUGACCACAUCCAGCACCACCCGGGGGUCCGACGCCACCUCCCCCCAGUAGUUGUGCUCAGGAACAGACUUUACACCAGCAGACACCACUGAGCCCUGACAUCAUCAUCAUCCUCCUCUCAGCCUUACUCGGUACUAAUCUUCUGACCAGACCUGGACAGCUAAUCUCCUAAAGUACAACAUGGAUCAAAUUAAGGAUCUUGCCACAUCGCCAUAUCAUUGUUCUCUUAUUCGAGUUAUGUGUCAACAAUAUGUCCACACUGAUUUUUUUUUUUUCAUUGAGGAUAAGAAAAAUAGUUGAGUUCUAAAGCAAUGUCUGUUUUUAAUAAGUAAUCAAUGUCUCAGUCUUGCAAACACUAUUUAUAAAGAUUCAGGCGUCUUAACCCUCCUAGUUUUUCCACAGAGCAGUGAAAUGACUUAAUCAUAGCGUUCAGGUAUUUUUAUGGCAUUGUUUGUUUUUAAAGGGAAAACUGUAUGCAAUGCAGUGCUGCUAGCUUUUCUGUUGGUGAAUGUUGUUUCUGUUUAAUCUGAGCCUGGAGUCGCCAACCACCGUUAUCGUAUGUGAACGGACUUGACUGGCAGCGUGUUACGUCCCAAGCUCUUGCUUGAUGUGGUUGCUGGAUUAAUAUUGUAACCCUAUAAACACCACAACCCAUACUCUUAACUUUUGAAAUGUUACGUCAUUAAAUCUCUCAGCACAUUU